AUGCAGGAGCAAUUAUUGUCGACCGCUGUGAAUCACGACUUGUCCGGCAAUGACCAGCAGUCAUAUGAAGGGAGGAUUUUUGAUUCCGAUGCCUACAGCCAAGCCAGCUCAUCAAGCUACGAUGGACGUCCGAUCAAUGAUCACGAUUUGCAGAGACAAAGGUCGUCUUCGUUCUCUGCACGCUUCAGAUUUGCGGGCGGUCCCAACAGCAUUGAUCACUUUGCUCGCUCAUGGCAACGAGCCGCUUGUUUCCCUGAAGUCCUCCCUCGACGUUCCUCGUUCGCGGCGGUUAGACCGGAUGAAGAAUGGACUUCUGGGUGGAAUGAGGAUCUUGCAUCGCGAAGCUCUUUAUCAGCCAGGCAGGAGACUGAUUAUACACGGCCAUUGCUGCAUGGUGACGAGGAAGAAGACGGGGGUAAUACUGGUCAUUCAAAAAAGGCGUUCCCAAGUACCACCAUCCUUAGCUCAUCAUUGGAUAGAAGUCUGGGGACAUCUUACGGUACGAUCUCAUCUAGGGUCAGUGAGGCGACUCGGAGACACGCACUACAACUCCAUAGGGAACAACUGGCACAUCGCAACGCAGCUGUAGUUCCCGAUGGUGAGCCUCUCCUUGUCAAACAGAUUCAGCGCGAUGAUGGAACGCGAGACAGUGUCAUUGUAGGCCAAUCUACUGUGCCGCAGACUGUUUUCAAUUCGGUCAAUGUCUUGAUUGGAGUCGGCCUGUUGUCGUUGCCUCUGGCAAUGAAAUACGCUGGGUGGCUCCUGGGCUUAUUUUUCCUCCUCUUUGCUGCUGUGACGACUUCGUACACUGCCAAGAUCCUGGCUAAAUGCUUAGACGUUGACCGAAACCUUGUAACAUACGCAGAUGUAGCCUACAUCAGCUUUGGGCAUCAUGCACGGAUUGUUACGAGUCUCUUGUUCUGUUUGGAGCUAAUAGGGGCUUGCGUCGCCCUAGUUGUGCUUUUCGCCGACAGUCUUAAUGCUCUGAUUCCCGGUCUGAGCAUCCUUCAAUGGAAAAUUAUUUGCGGGUUUAUGCUUAUGCCGCUCAACUUCGUUCCCUUGCGGCUACUAAGUGUCACGAGUGUACUAGGCAUCCUGUCGUGUACUUCCAUUGUCAGCAUCAUCUUCAUUGACGGUUUGGUCAAGUCAGAUAGCCCGGGUUCCCUUCGUCAACCAGCCAGAACCACAAUGUUUCCUGACAACUGGGCUACUCUUCCGCUCAGUUUUGGUCUUAUGAUGUGUGAGUCUACCACUUCCUUUGUCCAUGUGCCAACUUGA